GGGAAUACUGCCCUCCACUGGGCAGCAGCGCGCGACUACUGCGACAUCGUGGAGUUCCUGGUGAAGAGCAGCGCAAGUCUGAGCAUCAAGAACAACAGCGGUUCCACUCCUCUGCAUUCCGCAGCAGCCAACGGAAGCACCAGGGCGCUGAAGAUUCUACUGCAGUCUGGGGUGGACCUCAGCGUACAGGACGAAGAUGGUCUGACAGCGCUGGACAUAGCCAGCAAGCGCAUCUCGAAC